AAAAUCAAGUGCACUUGUUUACUCUCAGUCGAAAUAAUUUUUUCAUAAGCAUUUUAGUAUUUAGAGAGCUUCUGUAAUAUCAAGAAGCUUUUGUUGUUGUGAGUUGCUUGAAGGAAGGAAUAUGAAGAAGUAGAAAUAAGUAAUAGAACCCGACGAAAUUUAGUGAUAAAAUAAAAUUGGCAAAACGCUAAAGACAUAAAAAACAAAUCAUUUUUUGGAUUAGUUUAUUUUUCAAACAGACAAUUGACAAAAAUAAACACGAAAGAUAUCUUCAAAAACUCAACACAUUAGGUUAAGACUAUAAUAAAUUAGAUUUUUCUUUCAAAAAUGUGGCGAUCAAGUUUACUGCUGGUCGUUGCAUUAUCAGUAACGUCAUAUGCAAUAAUUCAUUCACCACCUCGGAUAACAAAACAGCCGAUUGCCGAGGAGAUGCUGUUUCAAGUAGCAUCAGCCGGUGAUACAGAAAAACCAUUCAUUAUUGAAUGUGAAGCAGAGGGAGAGCCGGCGCCAAAAUAUCGAUGGAUUAAGAACGGAAAGCAUUUCGACUUCACAGCAUACGAUGACCGAAUAACUCAACAGCCAGGACGUGGUACAUUGACAAUUACAAAGCCACGUGAUGAAGAUUUGGGUCAAUAUCAGUGUUUCGCUGAAAACGAGCAUGGUAUUGCUACAUCAAAUUCUGUUUUUGUGAGAAAGUCAGAGCUGAAUAAUUUCAAAGACGAACAAAUUCAUAAUAUAGAAGCACAAGAAGGAGAACCAUUUAAAUUACAAUGUCAACCACCAGAUGGAUGGCCAAAACCUAAUGUUUAUUGGAUGCUUGAAUCAACUGUUGGUGGAAUUAAGACAAUUAACAAUUCACGAAUGACAUUAGAUCCAGAAGGAAAUUUAUGGUUCUCAAAUGUGACUCGAUUUGAUGCUUCAGAAGAUGCUUAUUACGUUUGUUCAGCCUCAUCACCUUUCAGAAAUGAGUACAAAAUUGGUAAUCGUGUAAUGCUUAAAGUAAAUCCAGCAAGCAAUGCAGCACAAAAUAGAUAUGCACCAACAAAGCAAUACGUAUCAAGACGUAAUGAAGUAGCACUUCGCGGUCAUAGAGUUGAACUUUUCUGUAUAUAUGGCGGUACGCCACUUCCUCAAACAGUAUGGAGCAAAGAUGGACGACCUAUAGCUUGGAGCGAUCGUGUGUCUCAAGGAAAUUACGGUAAAUCUCUUGUCAUAAAGCACACAAGUUUAGACGAUAGAGGUUCAUAUACAUGUGACGUAUCAAAUGGUGCUGGUCAACAACAAUCAUCGACUAUUAAUCUUGAAGUUAAGGCAAUUCCAUAUUUCACUGUUGAACCAGAGCCUGUAAAUGCUGCAGAAGAAGAAACAAUUUCAUUCUCAUGUGAAGCUAGUGGUAUUCCAGAGCCAGCAAUUAAAUGGAUUCAUAAUGGUAAACCAAUUGAUGAUGCUCCACAAAAUGCACGCAGAACUGUGUCAAAGAACAAGAUUACAAUUAAAGACAUUUUGAAAUCUGAUACUGGUAAUUACGGUUGUAACGCAACAAAUGCUUUGGGAUAUGUCUAUAAAGAUGUCUAUGUCAAUGUAUUGGCACUUCCUCCAGAGAUUGAAGAAGCACCAGGACGUGAAGCAACAGUUGAUCAACGUGACAUUACCUUAACAUGCAAAGUAUUUGGCGCACCAAAACCUAAAAUAAAGUGGAUUCGUAAUGGACAAGAAUUGACUGGAGGACGUUAUGAAAUUCAAGAAUCUGGAAAUUUACAUAUUAAGGCUGUUCAAUUCUCUGAUGCUGGCGAAUAUAUUUGUCAUGCUGAAAAUAAAUUUGGAACUAAAGAAGCGACUGGAUCAUUACUUGUUCAUGAACAUACAAAAAUAACAGAAUUCCCACAAGAUUAUGAAGUUAUUGCUGGCACAUUGGCAACUUUCCGUUGUAAUGCAGUCUCAGAUCCAUCAUUGCCACUUGAAAUUGAAUGGUUGCUUAAUGGAGAAGUUAUUGAUUUUGAUGCACAACCUCGUUUCACAAAAUCCAGUGAUCAUUCUUUGACAAUAUCUAAUACAAUUGAAUUGGAUUCAGGAUCAUAUACAUGCCGUGCAAGAACAGAACUUGAUGAAGCUGAAGCUACAUCGACUUUAACCGUUCAAGAUACUCCAAAUGCUCCAGCAUUAACUGGAAUUCAAUGUAAUGAACAUGAUGCUACAAUUUCAUGGGAACCAAAAGGUGACAAUCGAUCACCAAUCUUAUACUUUAUUAUUCAAUAUAAUACAACAUUUACACCUGAUAUUUGGGUUGAUGCUUCAAAGCAAGUUCCUGCUACAGAUUUCUCAUAUGCAAUUCCAAUGAGUCCAUGGGGAAAUUAUACAUUCCGUGUUAUUGCCGUCAAUAAAGUUGGACAAUCUUUGCCAUCAGAACACAGUGAAUCAUGCAGUACACAGCCAGAUGUUCCACACAAGAAUCCAGAUAAUGUUGAAGGAAAAGGAACUGAACCAUCAAAUCUGGUCAUCAAAUGGUCUCCAAUGCCUCAAAUUGAUCAUAAUGCACCCCAAUUUCAUUAUCGUGUCUCUUGGAAACGUGAUAUUUCCGGACAAGAAUGGCAGAAACGUGAUAUUUAUGAUUGGCAACAAGGUGAGUUAGUUGUUCUCGAUCAACCGACAUUCCAAAGGUACAAAAUAAAAGUUCAGGCUGUCAACGAAAAGGGUGAAUCUAAUGUCGCUGUGAAAGAAAUUGAAGGCUUCUCUGGCGAGGACAAACCAACGGAAUCUCCAAAGAACUUUAAAUUAGUUGAUGUUGUUAGUGGAAAUAAAGCUAUGGUAUCAUGGGAUGAAGUAACGCCUGAAUCUAUUCGUGGACAUUUCCGUGGCUACAAGAUUCAUACAUGGGUUGAAGGUGAUGAAGAAAAUGUCAAAGAAAUUCUCAUGAAGAGUAACACAUCGAAAGCUCUUGUGGAUAAAUUUACACCAGACUCAAAGAAUUAUGCUCGUAUAAUGGCAUUCAAUGAUCGCUUUAAUGGUCCACCAAGUAAUACAAUUGAAUUUGAUACACCAGAAGGCGUCCCAAGUACAGUUCAGUCAUUACAAGCAUAUCCAUUGGGAUCAUCUGCAUUUUGGUUGACAUGGAAGAAACCUUUAUUGACAAACGGUAAAUUGCAAGGCUAUAGAAUUUACUAUGAAGUCGUUGAAGGAACUGAAUUGAAGGCAAGACAAGAAAGAGAACCAAGAAUUUUGGAUCCAGAUGUAAAACAAGCUAAACUUGCUGGUCUUCAAUCAAAUACCAAAUAUCGUAUUCACAUUGUUGGAUUCACUAAACAGGGUGAAGGAGAUGAUUAUUACAUUGAGGAAACAACACAGAGUCCAACAACAACAUACACAAAACCAGAUAUCCCAUCAUUUGAUCAUUCUGUUGCCACAGGAGAAAAUGGAUAUGCUAGAGCUAAAAUCAAUUGGCGACCAAAUGUUGCAGGACAUCCAGGCUCACAUUUCUAUGCUCAAUAUCGUAAAGAGGGUCAGCCAUCAUGGGAAAGAUCAGCUGAGAAAAUUAAUGAAGAUUUUGAUGAAAUUACUGCACUUGAAGCCGGUGCUAGAUAUGAAAUUCGUGUCGUGUCAGUUGAUGGUUCAGAGGAAACUCCUAGCGUUUCUAAAUUCAUCGAAACAUCUGAUCCAGAUGGUGGAGUAUUGAUCAGACAUCCUGAUGACAAUAGUAUUGCAACAGCUGGAUGGUUCAUUGGAAUGAUUCUUGCAUUGGCUUUCCUCAUCCUCCUUUUAGUUCUUAUAUGCAUAAUUAAACGAAAUCGUGGUGGCAAAUAUGAUGUACACGACAGAGAAAUGGCAAAUGGACGUCAAGAUUAUCCAGAAGAAGGAGGAUUCCACGAAUAUUCACAGCCUGUAUUACGUGAUUUCAGUCUGGAUAACAAAUCGCAAGGUAGACAAUCAUUAAGCUCACAAAAACACGGUCCCGAAAGUGAUACUGAUUCGAUGGCCGAAUAUGGCGAUGGUGAUACUGAGACAGGCAUGAAUGAAGAUGGUUCAUUCAUUGGACAAUAUGGCAAAAAAGGAAAACCUCCACCUUCGAAUAAUCAAGCGUUUGCAACGCUUGUAUAAAAAAAAAACAUCUUUUAACUUAAGUUACUAUCGUUAUUAUUUUCCUUAUUAUCACCUUUCAACUGCUGAAUUAUUACACAAAAAAAAACAAUUAUGCUGAUUAUCAUCGUCAUCCUUUGUCAAAAAAAAAAAUAAUUACAAUCAAAUCAUGAUUUUUGUACGUUACUAUUAUUUACGUGUGUGACUGCAUAUUGCUGUAUUUAAAGUAGAAAAUUAUUGUUAUUUUGUUCCUUUAAGGAGGUCAGUUUGCUGAAGAUGGAUCUUUCAUUGGACAGUACAUCCCGGGAAAACUUAAUCCACCCGUGAGUCCGCAACCAAUUCAUCAUACACAACAAGCAGGAACUAGUUCUGGAGCUGCAACGUAUGUUUAAAUGAACAUGCAAAACAAAUCUUUUAUCCAACGAAUAAUGUCAGCACAGGACAUAAAACUAUAAUUUUGUCAAAAAAUGCAUAAAAGAAUUCAACAAAAAGUAGCAAAACAAAGAAAAUUGAGGAAAGGAUGAAGAUGAUAGGACAAAAGUAAUGUGUAAUAAGAAUUAUCUAUUAGAUGAUAAACGCUUCUUCUUGUUUUUAAGAUUAUAAUACUAUUAUAAUGAUAAUUAAUUAGUUUCUUCAUUAAAUAAGUCAAUGAGCUCUAAAUGGAAAGCUAUAAAAGAAAAGAAAAGAAAAAAGUUACGGAAACGAGAUGAAAUCUCAUUUAUCAACACAGAGAUCUGAUUAUUGUAGAUGAAAAAAACACAUGAAUCUCCUCAUUAUUAUUACUAAAUUUUAAUCAUUUUUGAAAAAUGUGUUCAAUUUUUAAGAAUCUCGCCUAACGACAACGAUUUGGCACAACAUGGAAAUUUUAAGAUCAUGAUGAUUUUUUUAAAUUUACUUAUAAAGAUCAUAGUUUAUAGCUUAACAGAAACAGAUAUUUUACAAAGAAAAAAGAGUUCUUACUAUCCUGUGGAAGUAGUUAAUGUAAUAAUAACAUACCAUUUUAUUCAGGAUUUACCGAUGAUUAUUUCUUCACAUAAACCACAAAACAAAAACUUUAAAAAGGAGAAAUCACGAUAAUUUUAAUGUUGCUUUUUUGUUAUCAAAUAGCUCAAAAGAAAAAUUAAAAAUCACAAUCUAAUCAGAGAGAACGUCCAUUUUUAAAAAUAUAUUACUUAUAUUUUAAGUUUAGUUCAUAUCGUUUCGCAAUUAAAUGCGAUGGAUGUAAUUUUUUAUGCUUUUUAAAACAAAAUUUUCAUGACCAAUUUUCGCAUUAAUUAAGAAUCUCAUGAAAAGUCUCAAUUUUUUUGUACUCUAAAUGUUGAGUCUCUCUCUCUCUCAAAAGUGUAUUCUUUAAACAAAACUUUAUGACAGCUCUGUAGAAAAGAUUUAUCUUUAUUUUUAUUAAUAUUAAAUAAUUCUUUAUUUUUUUAAUAGUUAAAAACGAACAUUGUUUAAUUAAAGAAUUGAAAAUUUCGACAUGAUUUAAAGGUUUCGACUUGACUAGGUUUAGAGUUUUUAGAAAUUUUAAUCGCAAGGUUGAAAUUUUCAUUCUAUGAAUUAGCUUUGAAACUUAGAUUGAACUUUAAUCUGGUAGAUUAAGGUUUUUGAUUUCAAGAUUAAACUUUAAUCUGAUGGAUUAAUUCACUAAUCCAUUAGAUUCAAACUUUCAACCUUCGCAAAUUCGUACAUUCUAAGAACAAUCUAUAAUUAAGUAAAGUCGAAUUCCUUAAAAAAAUAAUUAUGCAUAAGUGAGCUUGAGGUUGAAAUUCUUCAAUAAUUACACACAGUAAUUGUUCAAGAGUCUUUGCCUUUGGUACAAAUCGUGAAUUAGUAUGGAUUCACAUUUCAUUUGUUAUUUAAAAUGAACAAUCAAAAGAAAAGAAAAAAAAAUCUUACAUAAAUUUAAAUAAGAAAGCAUAAAAAUUUCCCAAUUAAAGCUUAGCAAAGCUUCGUGACCUUAUUUUCAUUGAUGGAAGAUAAAGUGACGAAGUUAAAAAUUUAGAAAUGCGGCAAUUUUUGAUUAAUUUGAAGGAUGUGGAUGGAAAAAUUCAAUAAAAGAUAUUGAUUCAUUUUUAUAAUUUCCUUUUUAUUUACUUUUUUUUAUGUUGUAUUUUCAGUUCCUUAAGAUUUUUUUUUUUUUGUUGAUUCCUCUGGAAUCAGCUAGGAUCAUUAUUAUUUGACGUCUCCAUUUUGAUUAGAUUAAGACACAAAUGUGGAAACAGGUAAAAUCAGAGUAGCUAAGAUGAUUUUUAUUAGGAUUCAUAAUUGUACUUGUCAUAUCCAAACACAUCCCAUUAAUGCAUACCCUUUUAGAUAUUAUAUCGGUCAGCCGCUUUUAAUGCUUUUGACCAGAUCCAGCAGUUCAAUGUAGCUUAAUGCCCAAGAACAUAAUAUUUAAUGAUUAAUGAAGAAGUUCUUUUUUAUUACCUAUAAAUUAUAUAGUCAUUGCUUUGAUGUUAACAUACAACAAUUAAAGUACGCAAGAAAUAAUAUUUUGAUAAUGCAAAUUUUUUUCACAAGUGAUAACACAUAAAUGAAGUAUGAAAGGAAAUAAGGAAAGCACAAGAAAGUCAUUUUUGGACUAAAAUUGCAAUAAUCCAAAAAAAAGUUGCGACAUGAAAUAAGAAAAAAAAAAAUAUUUUUAAGCAAAAUUGGUGCUUUAGAUGAUGUAUUUUGGAAAGAAAUAACUCGAAUGUGUGAAGGAAAAAGGAAGUGAUAGCAUUUAAAUUAGAUAAUCAUCAUUUCAUCACAUCAACUCAUUAUCAUCAUCAUUCAUCAAGAAAUCAUUAGAAAACCCCUACAAAAUUUAAAUAAAAUGAAGAAUUGAAGAAAGAAUCACUUUGCUUCGUGUCUUUAAACAAAUUCUUGUAAAAAAAAUUAAUUAAUUAAAUUUAAUGUUAAAGCGCUGAACAUAAAAAUCAGAUUUAUGUAAUUGCAUUGGUUGUAAAUAUCAUUUUUAUGCUUUUUAUACUUGAUUUGACAUAAAUUUAAAUUUAAAAUGAUGCAAGUACAUUGUUAAAUUGGUUAUAAAUUAAUUAAGUGGUGACAAAAAAUAUUAUAAUCAUGAAUUGCUUAAAUUUAUGCUAUGCAAAAGUUUAUCAGACUUAUUUCUAGAACGGAGCUUUAUGUCAGUUCUGCUGUUUGAUAAGAUCCAGUUGAUUGGAUGUAACAGAAUUUCAAGGCAUGAAUGACAUAAGGUUCCAAUAAUUUCAAAUAAAUAUAUCCACACAGAUAGUUGCAUUUCGUUACACCCCAGCUUUUCACCACAUUUUGCAUAAGAUGAGGAACUUUAAAUUAAAAAUAAUAAUAAUAAAUAAUAAAAAUAAUAAAUGAAAAGAAGCAGUGAGUAGUCAAUUUAUGAAUGAAUGUCCGCGUGCUAUGAAUCUUUUUAUUGUCAAAAAAAAAACUAUAAAAUUUCUUUCAAGAGCUUAAUUUCAUCCACUACCAAAUUCGAGAUAAACACAAAAGUUAAGUUUCAUACUUACGUAGUUACUAUUAAUGUGAGUUAAGAAUAAUUAAUUAAUUUACCUGCUUUAUUUGUUAUGCACAUUUUAAUGAAAUAAUAUUUCGAUUUAUUGAAUAAUCACCAAUAUUUAUAUUAUAGUAAUGAGCUCUAUUAUUCUCAAAUCAUUUAUUUGAAUUAACGAUGGAUGGGUCAAUAAGAAAGUCAUUUUCAAAUGGAUCUCAGGACUAAAAGUUUAAAUCUAAGGAUUAAAAUUAUAAAUCUUCAGAUUUAGAUUUUAAUCCGAGGAUUUAAUUUUUAAGCCUGCAAUUUAAAACUCAAUGGACAGUUUUUCAACAUUUUGAUCCAUCUUGAAACUACCCAAGUAUUUUAAAACAAAAAUUUAUAAUAAUAAGCUUCAAAAUGACAAAGAAAUAAGACAAAAUAGCUCUUGCAUACUAUAGAAGAAAAGAAGAAAACAAAUGAAGUAUAGUUAAAACUUUUAUCUCAGGCAGUUUAACUUUUAAUUUUAACAAGAAUCUUUUGUACUAACAUCACUGCCGAUUUUUCCAUACAACAAUGACAAGAAAGUUUUUUUUUUGAGAUAAAACAAUGCACAGAUUUUUCCUUGUAGCGCAUACAUAUUUACUGUAAAAGUCUCUAAUUUAUAUCUCUGAUUUAUUGGAAAGACUCGAAAAAGGAAAUUUUUGAAAUAUCAUUAAGGAUUAAAGAGAAAGAUUAUUUUUAUGAGAAGGAAUCAAUCAAGAUGACAAGACAUGAUAUGUGCAAGAGAAUAUUUUUUAUAAGAUAAAACUAUGUAAAACUCUUCAUUUUCAACAAAAACCUUAAUAAUAUUAUUAACAUGAUUAGAAUGUAAAAUUUUUUAUGUUGCCUAUGCAUUAGAUUUUAAGUUCUAAUUACAUUUAAUUCAAAUAAAAUGCAUUGAAAACGGUAUUAUUUAAAG